CGUUUAAACGUAACAUUUUUGUAAUUUAGCUCGCGGUUUCUCGGGCCCAUCGGAAAUCCGUCGCCCACGGAAUGCAACCCUCAGAAGUCACAAUCAAACAACCCAACUUUCAGUGACCGGAAUUCCUGAUCCGUAUCAAAUUGCAAGAUGCCCUUUCGACGGACGUCACGGACCCUCACAUCUCUCCACCACGUAGCCUUUUAACCUUUUAUAGUCACAUGACCUUCUAAGUCUCGCCAAAGCUUUUGCCAACUUCAACUUUUCUGCUUCCAUUAGAUAUUUGUUGCGUUUUAGUAUAGGCUGAAUUGAUGGCUUCGACCACUCUAAUCUGCGACUCCGAGCCAUGGAAGGACUUGAAGUCUCAUGUCGAGGAUUUCAAGAAAACUCAUCUUCGUGAUUUGAUGAACGACAAAGAACGAUGCCAAUCGAUGAUGGUUGAGUUCGAUGGAAUGCUUUUGGACUACUCAAGGCAACGAGCCACUCUUGACACCAUGGAUAAACUCUAUCAAUUAGCAGAGGCUGCUUCACUCAAACAAAAAAUUAAUCGAAUGUACAGCGGCGAGCAUAUAAAUAGCACAGAGAAUAGGUCAGUGCUUCAUGUAGCUCUCCGAGCACCGAGGGAUGCUGUUAUAUACAGUGAUGGAAAGAAUGUAGUUCCAGAUGUUUGGAAUGUUUUGGAUAAGAUCAAGGAUUUUUCGGAGAAAGUUCGCAGUGGCUCCUGGGUUGGAGCUACUGGAAAACCACUGAAGGAUGUUAUUGCAAUCGGCAUUGGUGGCAGUUUCUUAGGUCCUUUAUUUGUGCAUACUGCUCUCCAAACAGAUCCUGAGGCUGUUGAAUUUGCAAAAGGACGCCAAUUGCGUUUCCUUGCAAACGUGGAUCCCAUUGAUGUUGCUAGAAAUAUUGCAGGAUUAAACCCUGAAACCACUCUUGUUGUGGUGGUUUCAAAGACUUUCACAACAGCAGAAACUAUGUUGAAUGCCCGAACAUUAAGGGAAUGGAUUUCAUCUGCUCUUGGGCCGUUUGCAGUUGCAAAACACAUGGUGGCCGUCAGUACUAAUCUAACGCUUGUUGAAAAGUUUGGCAUUGAUCCUAAUAAUGCAUUUGCAUUCUGGGAUUGGGUUGGUGGUCGUUACAGUGUUUGCAGUGCUGUUGGGGUGUUGCCUUUGUCUCUGCAGUAUGGUUUCUCAAUGGUAGAAAAGUUCUUAAAUGGGGCUUCAAGUAUUGAUCAGCAUUUCCGUUCAGCUCCUUUUGAGAAGAAUAUACCUGUACUUUUGGGUUUGCUCAGUGUAUGGAACGUUUCAUUUCUUGGAUAUCCUGCAAGAGCCAUUUUACCCUACUCCCAGGCCCUCGAGAAAUUCGCUCCACAUAUUCAACAGGUCAGCAUGGAGAGUAAUGGCAAGGGGGUGUCAAUUGAUGGUGUGCCACUUCCUUAUGAGGCUGGUGAAAUUGAUUUCGGUGAACCUGGAACAAAUGGCCAGCACAGCUUUUAUCAACUAAUCCACCAGGGACGUGUAAUUCCAUGUGAUUUCAUCGGUAUUGUGAAGAGCCAGCAACCUGUGUACCUUAAAGGUGAAGUGGUGAGCAACCAUGAUGAGCUCAUGUCCAACUUUUUUGCACAGCCAGAUGCCCUGGCAUAUGGGAAGACACUAGAGCAGUUGCUGAAGGAGAAUGUUCCACAGCAUCUUAUUCCUCAUAAGAUGUUCUCUGGGAAUCGGCCUUCUCUCAGUCUUUUGCUUCCAUCUCUUAAUGCUUGCAAUAUUGGGCAGCUGUUAGCAAGCUAUGAACAUAGAAUUGCUGUGGAAGGUUUUGUAUGGGGCAUUAAUUCUUUUGACCAGUGGGGAGUUGAGUUGGGGAAGUCACUAGCUACUCAAGUCCGGAAACAGCUUCAUGCAUCACGUACAAAAGGAGAACCUGUUGAGGGCUUUAAUUUUAGUACCACCACAUUGUUAACAAGAUAUCUAGAGGCAAGUUCUGAUAUCCCAGCUGACCCACCUACUCUUCUACCUCGGAUAUAACUGGCUUGAUGAUGAAGCAGCUUCAUCGCAGUAUGCCUCGGGAUUCUGAUUUUGUUUUUUGAUGUCUACGGAGGUCCAUUGAACCCUACGGGUUGCAAAAUGGAUGUAAUAAAUCUAUGUUAGACGUGGAAUAUUUACUUGAGGCUACCUAUAGUAAUUUCAAAAUCAUCCGAAAAAUAGUUUGAAUAAAUGCACUUGCUUUACACAA